AUGGCACCCAAGCCCAACCCAGCCAGGCCCGAUACGGACCCGGUCCACGGCCAGACCGUCGAGAACCACCCUGCCAACCCGAACCCUUCUUCCUCCUCGAGUGGCCCCACGGCUCGCGAGCGACUCGCCUCUCUCGCCUCGCACCUUCUGCCCGGCGGCAACACCGAGUUCGACUAUGUCAUUGUCGGUGGCGGUACCGCCGGUGCCGUCCUGGCCAACCGUCUCACCGAAGACCGCAACGUCUCUGUCGCCGUCAUCGAAGGUGGUCCCACUGACGUCGGCAACGACAUGGUCCUCGACCUCAGCCGCUGGCUCGAGAUGCUCGGCUCCGACCUCGACUACGACUACCCCACGGUCCCCCAGCCGCGCGGUAACUCGUUCAUCCGUCACUCGCGCGCGCGCGUGCUCGGCGGUUGCUCCUCGCACAACACGCUCAUCUCAUUCCGCCCGUUCAACGAGGAUCUGGACGACUGGGCGAACAACUACGCCUGUCCCUCCUGGUCCGCCUCCACCGUCCAGCCGUAUGGUGAUCGGCUCAAGAUGAACAUUGUGCCCGUUGCACCGCAGCAGCGCAACCAGGUGGCGCGCGAUUGGGUCACCGCCUCCUCCCGUGCUACCGGUGCACCCGUGCUCGAGGACCUCAACGCCCACAUUGUCCACCGCGGCGGAUUCCAAAAGGCAGUUGGGUUCUUCGAUAUCGCUUACGACCCCUACUCGGGUCAGCGCAGCAGUGCCAGUGUGGCCUACCUGCAUCCCAUCAUGCCGCAUGGACCGUACAAGCGACACAACCUGCACCUCUUCCUCGAGACGUGGGCCAACACGCUCGAGUACGCCGCCAACGACGCUGCCAAGGUCACCGGAGUCAAGGUGACCACCAAACACGGUCUCAGUAAGACGCUGACGGCGCGACGCGAGGUGAUCUUGUGUGCUGGAGCGAUCGACACCCCACGUCUGCUUCUGCACUCAGGCAUCGGUCCUCGUGGCGAUCUGGAGAAGCUCGGUUUGCCGUGCAAGCACGAUUUGCCGGGUGUGGGUCUCAACCUUACGGACCACCCUGAAUCGAUCGUUAUGUGGGAAACCCGUGAUACGCCGCCCGAGACGGUCAUGUCUUCGGACGCCGGUCUAUUCCUGCGUGUCCUGCCGAGCGAUGCCGAACCCAACCCGCAUCCCGGACCCGACCUCAUGUUCCACAUCUACCAAGUUCCGUUUGCGGACAACACGGAGCGCGUCGGAUACGAGCGUCCCAAACACGCCAUCUGCAUGACGCCCAACAUCUGCCGUUCCCAAGCUCGCGGUAAGGUCUCCCUCGCUUCGGCCAAUCCCAAAGAUAAACCGCUGUUGGACUUCAAGUACUUUGAAGACAAGGACAACUACGACGAGCGGAUCCUGAUCGAGGGUGUCAAGUGGGCGAGGAAGAUUGCGGAGAUGUCGCCUUUCAAGGAGCAUCUGGUCAAGGAGGUUGCUCCAGGACCCAAGAUUCAGAGCGACAGGGAUAUCGGCGAGUACGCAAGGAAGGUGGCGCACACGGUGUAUCACCCGGCGGGCACGUGCAGGAUGGGCACGGUCAGCAGGGGCAAGGGUGGACAGGGAACGGACGAAAGCGUCGUGGUGGACGAGAGGGAUCUGAGCAUCGUAGGAUUGAAGGGCGUUAGGGUGUGCGAUGCAAGUGUGCUGCCAACCCUGCCGACGAUCAACCCGAUGCUGACAAUCUUGAUGGUCGCAGAGAGGGCGGCCGAGUUGAUCAGGGACGACGCCUGGUUCAAUGGGCUCAGGAAGACCAACUACCACUAG